ACCAGUCUGGGAAAUAGAUUUAUCCAGUAGUUACACAUUAACUCGCAUGGUUGCUCCGCGGAAAGCAAAUUGUUUAAUGAUCAUUUUACAUUUUUUUUUCACCACGAGAGGUGUUUAUGUUGAUGUUUUAAUAGAGUGCUUAAAGAUAUCAAAAAAGGAUCUUAAACUCAAGAGAUUUUUUUUUUUAUGUGAUGAACCGAUUCUGAUGCUUGGAACAUUUUUUGUGAACUAAGGAGAGCAACACUGCUGCAGAGAAGAAAAAUAAGCACUGUGAAGAGGCAUGGGGAACUUCAAAGGGCACGCUUUACCCGGAAGCUUCUUCCUGAUAGUGGGCCUCUGGUGGUCCGUGAAGUUUUCCCUGUGGCACGCCAGCCGAAGAAACAAGAAUGCCUGCCACCUGGCCUCCAAGAUCACGUAUCGACGACUGGAAGUCAUCGAGGCCUCUGUUAUAUUACUGUUUGCACUAGUAGGUAUGCUGGCCGAGCAGUUUGUCCCGGACGGUCCUCAGUUGAAACUUUAUAACUACGAGGACAAGCACUGGGACCACCUGAUGAACUGGCAGCACGCCACCAUGUACCUGUUCUUUGGCAUCUCAGCGGCUGUCUCCAUCACCGUCCACACGACGGGUGUCAUGCCCAUCGCCUUUGACCGACUGCUGCUGGCCAUUGCUGUGUUUGUGGAAGGGUUCCUGUUCUACUACCACCUCCACGGCCGGCUCAUGCUGGAUGUGCACGUGCACCAGCUGCUCCUCUUUGCCAUCUUCGGAGGAGCCCUGACCAUCUUCCUGGAGGUUUUCUUCCGGGGGAACAUCUUGCUGGAGCUGCUGAGGUGCAGCCUGUGUCUGCUGCAGGGUAGCUGGUUCUGGCAGAUUGGGUUUGUGCUGUACCCCCCCAGUGGCUUUCCAGAGUGGGACAGCAUGGAUCACAACAACAUGAUGUUCAUUACCAUGUGCUACUGCUGGCACUACGCCUUCGCCCUGCUAACUGUGGCUGUCAUUUUCACCAUCAUUAGCUGGUUGGUUCAGACCAAGCUGAAGAAGACUCCACAGCUGGAAAUGGGGCUGCUGAAGACCAAGGAGAGGGAGGAAGAAUCGGAGGAAGACCUGUAGCCGCUUCAAACCUUAACAGUGGAUACUGGUUUACCCAUUACUGCGUCAAUGUACUAGGGAUGCACCGAAUCCAAGUUUUGGGGAUUCUGCCGAAUACCGAAUCCAUCUCAAAAGAUUCGGCCAAAUACCGAAUCUACAAAAACUGUCAAGAAAACUGAAGGAAACUGUUGAAUGAAAAACAGACUGGCAGCUAUUAACAAGGGACGUACACAAUCUAUAUUUUUGCGCCUUUUAGUUAAUAGUAUUUAUUACCGAAUGGAAAUAUAUCCCUGAAUAAGAUUUCAGUUUGAAACUUACACAAUUUACCGCUAGCCCCCUCCCCCACAACAGAAACAUCAAAAUACAGAACCGUUUACUUUACCUUUACAAGAAAGGAGAGCUGCACUUUGCCUACUAUUUUCAUUAAUGACGUUUCAACCUGUGUCACCUGAUUUGAGACUGAGAGCUAUGAGGAAAAAAUUACCGUGAUGAGUGACCUCAAUGAUCUCCCUGCGAAAUAAAACCCACGUUGAUUUAAAUACACCGUGUGUGUAACAUAUAUCAAAUAGGCUAUGAAAUAGUUUUCAAAUUAUUUUAAUAAAACACAGCAGUUCCCAAAUGGUUCAGCUUGUAUUGGCACAUUGCAAUAACGUAAAAUUUAAUUUACUAAAGCAUAUUGUUCAACAAUAUCUUGCACAUCUGACAGUUGUAAAGUUACAAAAAAUAUAUAUUCUGUGCAUCGAUUUUUUUUUUUUAAAUUUCAGUAUGAUCUCUAGAACACGCUUGACAGACAAAGCAACAAAGCACAAAAGUCUACAACAGUUUGCCGUUACAAUAUAUUACAGGUUUACUGCAUAACUUUACUCCAUGAAAAGUAUGAUGUGAAUGUGCUGCUGCAUUCGGGGGUAUGUUUAGAUUCAGCUGCGUGACGUGUUUAGUGCGUGCGCCACCAGUAAUUUAGGGAGUCGAGAGCUGUGACAGAGUUCAUCAAACGUGUUCUUGUUAUUAAAUACAACAAUUCCGUUCAAUACCGGAUUCCUGUCUUUUAUUUAAAGAACUGCACACAUUGGAGAGAUGUAUUAAAAUGGAUGUGCGUCUGGGUGGAUAUAUAGAAUUCUGAUUCGGUUCACGGAAUUCUAAGUAUUUGGCCGAAUCCGAACCGUGUUCAAAAAGUAGGUAUUCGGUCCAAAUCUGAAACCAAAUACUGGAUUCAGUGCAUCCCUACAAUGUAUAAAGAAUCUGUAACUGAACCCUCACACUUUUACAAAUAGCUGAUUCUGGGGCACAGUUUAUUGAAGUCUUGGCAUAGCAAAAAAGCAGUUGUGAGAAAUUGUGAACAGUUGGGUACAACUUGGGUACAGUUUUCUUUAUAGCAGAUUACGGUACCACAGAUAACAAAGAUUUAACCCCUAGUACUUUACCAUGGAAUUAUUAAAUACACUCCCUCCUGUGUCUCUUUUAGGUGACUCUCUUACGUCUGUACUGGAAAAUAUUAAUGUGUGCUAACCAAACUCGUGUGAUGACAUGGCUAAGGUGUCCUAGGGAUCUCAGGGUAUUUUAAGAUAUUUAUUUUGUUUGCAUGGAAUUGUUCUUUUUUUUGUCAUGGUAUCAUUGUAUCUAAAUACUACAGUCUUUCAAUUCUGUAUGAACCCAGUUGGUAUUUAUUGGUUCUUUAUUGCCUCCCUUGCUAAAUAUAGUAGAAAGGCUGCAGUAUUACUUUGUUUUUAUGUCACUUUGAAUGCUGUUGCCAAUGGCAAAAAAAACUGCAAAGUUCAGUCUACACAAUCAGCUUUGUACCCUGCUUUACAGCUGAAGAGACGAGGAAACCUACAUUUUAGUUUUUACAUGUCGUUUUUUUUUUUUUUUUUUGUGCAGCCAAAUAGACUUCACUUUACCCAGGCAGGCGAUUAAUAAGUUUGAGCAGGACUUUACAUGCAACUGUUAACAAGGAGGGAGUUUACUUUAGCAAGACUGUGCACCACAGCACUAAAGAAUGGAUUCCAGACAAUAAACACAUCAGAAGUCUAUGGUAUAUUGUAUAUAGCAUGUCAGAAAUGUAUUUCUAUUGAUAGUCUCCAGUCAAGCUCCUGACAACUGGUUUAGGGUUGAAAUUAAUUCCAAUAUAAAUAGUUAAUUUGCUUCUUACUUGCUAUCAUGCCUUUUAAACUAAUAGUAUCUGUGUGUGUUUAACAAACAGUAUAGCACAGAGAUCAAAACAGAGGCCUUUCCCCAUGCAUUCAUAACAAAUAAUACAAUGCUGGUUUAAUGAAGGCAAUUUGAAGUGUACCGGUUGGUGCUUAUACAGUAUUGCCAUCUUGUGAGGAACAAUGACAUUGCCACUCGCUGCAUAAUCUGACCAAAUAGCAUGCCACCUCAGAAAGCUACGUUUCAUUAAAGGAACAGUAUAGGUGUUUUGUUGGUUCACAUACAAUGCUGAGAAGGAAAGAUGAUCUUUAAGCACACAUAAAUGUGUAGAAACAAUAAUGCAGAUACUGUGAUGUGAAAACUAAUCCUAAAUGAGACAAUAAUCGGGUUGUAAAAUAAAUGAAAUAGGAAAUAUUUGUACAUAUAUUCCUAUUAUAAGUAUCUUAAGCGUACAUGAUUUAGUUCAGCAAGCUUGCAACUUUGACAAAGGGGUCGAAUCAACCUUUGCCACAGUUUGAUCAUUUUACAGCACUGGGGAAUCCCCUGGAUUGUAUCAACCACAUAUUUUUAGGGGUAACCCUAGAAUAACCAUGAGUAUGUGGUGUUUGUCAGUUUGUUAAAUAUUCCAAUAAAAUCCGACUGUGGUGUUACUGCUGUGGUAUAGCUUGAUCAAACUUACCCCUUAAUGUUAUUAUAUAUAUAUAAAUAAUUAAAUUAAUGUAUUUGUUUGUAUGGGACCUACAGUCAUAUGCUUGGAAUUAUUUUUCUUAAAUGAUAUAUAUUCCUUUUACUCUCUGAAAAUGUUAGCGUGCCUAGUGAUUCUUGUAAAUCCAUUUUAGCCAAAGCAAUUAUACAGUUUCUGAAUAAAGACUGAAAAUUGCUUUGUAUUUGUUUUCAAUUUGAUUUGGAUGUUUUAAUCAGGAGAGCUCUCUCUUUUGUUUUUACAACGAUUUUUGUUCACAGUUCUCACAGUUUUAAAAGCUACAUUGACAAAUGAGAAUAACCCUCACGCUGUUUAGAAACAUACUAUAUGAGAAAAGUUUUAUGACUACCAAACCUUACUUAAUAUAACCCAACAGGCAUCAGAAAUGAAAGAGCGGUUUUGUUGUGAAAUGGGGCCUGUACACUUUUUGUAGGAUUUUAUGAAUGGUAAACCAAUGAGAUUGGUACCAACCAAACGUGGGGAUUGUACAUUAUAAAAAGAGCCACGCUUUAAAACAGAAUGCUUACAGCAACGAUAGGGGCCUGAAUUAAAUCAAAGUUAGCCACACUUUACUAUAAUUCAGGCGAGUAUGAGAACUGAAAGAGAAUAAAACCAUUCUUAAACCAUGUUGUUCCAAAUGAAGAUACCUGUAUAAUUUAAUCUAUAAACAAAUUAUCCUAAAUUAAAUGCUAUUGCCAAAAUAAUAUAUGAAUAAAAAAAGUUGGCUAAUCAUGCUUCACUUGAUUUCAUACUUUAACUUGAUAUUUGUAAAAAAAAAUAAAAAAAAAGUUUUAUUAGCACUAUAUGUAAUGUAAUUCUUUGUUUUUCAUGUACUGAACUGCACAGUUUUUUGAUGCAAUAUGUAUUAUUCUAAAAUGAAUAAUUGAAUAAAUGAUUUAACUGGGUCCAUAUUGAGCUGUCAGAGGUAUUUAAAUUAAUAGAAUAAAUCCA